AUGGACAUGGCAAACCAUGCGGAUAACCGACAUUCCAGGCGAGAAAACAGUAUCGGUGUUGUACAAAGGUUCCUGUGUUGCUCCUGCUUCCAGACGGGCGAGAACGACCGCUUGGAGUACAAUCAGGAAAAGCCACAGAAUCCCAAGGCUGUUGUGGAUGAAGAGAACGUCCAUAUUGUUGUUGAAGAUUUGGGAAUAGACAACCCAGGAUUUAGCCUUUCUGAUGUUGAGCACAAAGGUCUACUUCAACAGAUCACCAUAGGCCGUUCUGCCAGUUCUGUGUCCAUGUGCCAAAGAGCAGUUCUGAAGAAGAAACUCGCACCACUUUCCUCUUUACCGCUUCAGUCUAGAGCGAUCCAAAACAGUGAGGACGACUGUACUGUUGACUCUCUUCUGUAUGGUUCUGGCAGCAGUAAUGCUGGAGAUGGUUGUCUUCUCACUCCUCCGGUCAUUAACCUCAUACCUCCAACACCUUCUGAUGUAAUAGAUGAUGACCAGUUCUUUGACAUAAACUCAGAAGAAGAGAGUCUACAGCAAACAUCAGGCAGCGAAGGAGUGGAUAGAAGCCUUAAUACUGGAAUCAGUUUGCUGCAGUUCACUGAACAUAAUCUGGAUGACUUGAGCAACAAGGAUGCCAGCAGCCAUGAGUUGCUAAAGGAAGAGUUGAGGCUCCUACCGCUAAGCAGUAAGAUAAGCAUGUUAACACACCGAAAGAAACCAGCCACUAGGUCCUGUAGUUUGGGCGAUACAGUGACAAGAAGUCAUACCUUUCACGCCACAUGUCAAGGAAGAGAUGAAAUCCUUGUAGAUGAGGAAUCUCCACGUCAAAGGAGGAUAACUGUUGCAUCAUACAUUCCUCAGACCAUGGACCAUACUGGAAAAAGUGCAGUGAAGUGGGAUUCUAAUGGGUACAGAGCCAAAACGUUAGCAGAGCUGAACACGGAGGAGGUUUGCCAGUGGUUUAGCAAUAUUGGUCUACAGAAAUGCCUGCCCUUCAUUAGAGAGGCAGAAUUCAGUGGAUCUCACAUUGCUUCUAUUGAUCUCAACACCCUUGAAAUCCUUCAAGUGUCUGAUCUGGAGGAGAAAGAGAGGCUGCUGUCUGCCAUUUACCUUGAGUUACACCCACCAAACUCCACCACCCAAAGACUCGACUCCCUCCUUGAAAGGUUUGGUCCACAUAAUGUUGAGAAAUUCACAGCAGCUUUGGUGUCCAUGACCAAGUCAAAAUCUUCUCCUCAAGUUAGCAGCAUCAACAUAAACCGUUGCUCAUUCAGAUUCAGACAGAAAGAGCAAAAUGGUAAAUUUCAGAACAACUCACAUCUCAUUGAAAUCACAGUGAAUGUGUCAGAUCGAACAGUCCAUUUAAGGACACCCAAAGAGACAAGUGUGGGAAAAGUGGUGGAGUCCUGUUUGAGGAUGCUGGGAAUUAAUGAAGACAAAGAUCACUUCAAUCUAAAAAGCAGUGAAGAUGAGUUCUCCCCUGAGCAGCAGAUUGGAGACUUGCCUGGCUCAGAGACGAGACUAAUGGAGCUUUACUUAUAUAGGAAGGAAACAGCGGAAGUGGGUCCUCAUUCAUCUGAUAACAACAUUAUUUGUACCACUGACAAUAUUCAGAGUAAAAAUCUGCUAAACAGCACUGGGAAGAUUCAGGAGCUAAAUCAACAGGUGGCCUCCCUCCAAAAUGUUAUCAUACAGGUUCAGGAGCUUUACCAUGGUCUGGUAGCCUUCUGUUCAGAGCUGAAGAAGAUGGAGGGGGAGAUGGAUGCAGUGCAAACAGACAGCUUUGAAGUAAAGAGACUUCUCAGUGAGGCCCAGGAUAAUCUGCAAAGGAAAAGACAGAGCCUUCAAACGCUCAGGGACAAUCUUAACACUGCACCAGUCCAGAAAAAUAAGCCAUCGGAGGUCCGGCUUCUGGAGAAGAUGAGGCUAAACUGCCAGGUGUUUAAAGACGAGAUCACACUAGUCCACCUCAAUCGACAAGUGACCCACCUACGUGAAGUUCUGGAGAAGAUGCAGGCCAAGGAGAAAGCAGAGAGGAAGAGCCCUACUCUGACUCAGCUGGUCUCUUUGCAGUCUCCUGUCAUGCUGGUGGCCACCCAAGUGAAAGCAGACCCAGAUGGUCAUUACGGUUUCUCUGCACACUGGGUAGAGGGCCAGGGUCUGAUUGUGGUACACAGUGAGGGUGCUAAUCUCUGCAUGAAUGACAGGCUUGUGGAGGUAAACGGAGUUAACGUCUUGGGGAGUAGUGAGGAUGAGCUGAAGCUGAUGCUUAAGACACACAGUGCUCACAUCGUUGUUCUUCGCCAGCUGGCCCAAGAACUUCCACAAGAAGAACCAUCUGCCCCCACUUCAGACAAACUUCAGCUCUGA